AUGGGUUUUGACAACUUGAUGCUGCGGCUCGACGAGCUGGUAACUGGAGUCCUUGGACAAUGGGAUAUCUAUACAACCGGCCUCUUCGUUGUCCUUAUCACUGGCUUCAUUUACUCGGUCAUUUCCUUCCGUGACCCAGAUGCGCACCCUAUGCUGCUGGCUCGACAAGCCCAGCCCUCACCAGUCAGACAAGAGGGAGAAUCUGCAGUCUUCAGAUCGCAUUCUGCGCCUCAUGGGAUUCCUUUGAACUCCGGACUGAAUAUCAAGGAUCCAGGCGAUUCGAAGUGGAGUCGAGGUCGAGAUGGGGAUAUACGAGAUAUCUGGCGCAGAGUGGUUGCUGGUGCACUUGACAGAGAAGGCAAGGAAACGGGAGAGAUUGGAAAACUCUUCACUGUCCUCGGAUCUGAGAAUAUCAUUGAACAUAAGUUGUUUGAUGUAACACGACAAAUCAAUCUGAUCGGACAACAUAUUAAGCAAAAUGGAGGAAACAGCGUCGCCAUCUACCUCCCCAAUUCAGUCGAGUUCUUAGCGACACUGUUCGCUUGUACCUUUUACGACUUAACACCGAUCCUCAUCCCCUACGACAAAUCCAUCGAGGAAAUCAUUUCCUUCCUUCAGAAGUCGAAAGCAGACACUAUUGUUGCUGCUGUGGGCUCAUUGCCUUACGAUGCUAUCAUCAAGAACUAUUCAGCUCUGAAACAGCUGAUCUGGGUUGUGGACGAAGGUAGCAAGCAUAUGGACUGGGACGAAGUCCCUAAAGGCACUGGAGGAGCUGUAAAUGUGUCAACUUGGCAAGAGAUUCUUCAAGACCAAGAGCCAACCGCAGGAACGGAACUGCCUGCUGUGGAUAGAACAGUGGAAUUGAAGAAAGUGCUAGCCUUUGGACCUACUGGUGAGCUAGUUGAAUACACGCAAGCAAAUAUCAUUGCUGGAAUCGCUGGACAACUCACAUCUGUUCCAACAACACAACGUAUCACCCACUCCGACCUCUUCCUCCCCGUCGAUGUACUUUCAUCACCAUAUACUCUUGUUUUGACCCUCUCGGCGCUCUAUUCCAAUGCAUCCGUGGCGUUGAACUCGGUUGCUGGUCACAAUCCUGAUCUAGCUUUGGCGACUCAUGGAAUUGCUCCCACUAUCAUCGUUGCCUCUGCCGGCACGCUUGCGAAAGUUCAUUCGGAGACUACUACGAAGCUCAAUUCUGGCGCCUAUCAACUGGUCCAUUGGCUCCAAACAAGAUCACUUGUCCAGGAUGGAGUAAUGCCGGUUGCCUCGUUCCUAUCUCGUAUGUAUGAUUCUUUACGACCAGCUAUUGGCAAUACGCCUGGCAAACUACGGUUGAUCUAUGUUUCGGAACAGCCUGGAGCGAACAAUCCACCAUUAAGCUCGCAAGAAUUGUCUGAUUUGCGUGUUUAUAUUGGCUCGCGAAUUAUCUAUGCCCUCACUUCACCACAUGUUGCAGGCGCAGUAACCCAAACCGGGCUAUAUGACUACAGAAUUGACGAGCCGUCUGCGAAGUAUUCCCACUUUGGUGCCCCUGUCACAAGCGUGGAGGUAUUCUUCAAAGACACCAAUGAUCACAAGACCACAGAUGAAAGAGCUGCAGGAGAGAUUUAUGUUCGAGGUCCAGCAGCAGUGGGAGAAGAAGUGGCAUUGGGCAUAUCUGGAAGGAUGAAAGACGACCACACGCUCGCUCUUCUAUAG